AUGAAGGUAUACAGCAAUCUGAACAGUAAUAGCUCCUUGGAUGAUAUCGUGCAGCUGCAACGUGCACUCGAAAGUAUUCCGGAUGCCCCAUUCUUCUCUGCCGUCGAGGCAUCCAUGUCGCGAAUCAGCAUCGCCUCCCUCCAGGCCGAGCUGCCCUUCCUAAACUGGCUCCAUUUCUUCGAUUCAGCAUUUUCCCAAGUUGACAUCGAAGUGGACCAAGACACCGAAAUUCUAGUGGAAGAUCUCGACGGCUUCAAGACAUUAUCGGAUAUUCUGCUUCAAUACAUGGGAACGGAAGAGGGACGAGCGACCCUCUCGACCCACAUCGGAUUCCAAAUGAUCGUCGAUUUUUCGUCUGUCGCACUACCCAUGAAUAAUGAAGAUCUGGAUAAGAACUCUGUCGACCAAAUGUGUCUGGAGGCGACAAAAAUAAUGUUACCACUGGCCGUAAGCGCAAUUUACGUUCGAGAGUUCGUGGACCGCGGUUCAAUUGCACAGGUGCGGACCCUGGCAGAGCUCAUAAAAUUCAACUUCGUGGAAACCAUAGGAAAUGUGCAAUGGAUGGACCCUGAAUCGCACGGUGCCACUCUAGACAAGAUCGAGAAUAUAAGAUUCAUGCUCGGCUAUGAAGCGUCGAUCUUGGAUCCGGAACAAGUCGAUUCGGAAUACGCUGACCUGAGCUUCGAAGACAGUGGAUUCUUCGAAAUGAAUCUCCAGGGGCGCCUAUUCCGUCGGGAGACAUCCUGCAGAAAAAUGAUCGCACCUCCGUACUUGGAGGAUAUCGGCGAGGAAAUUUCUCCCGCGGAGUCUAACGCUUUCUAUAGUGUAAGUCGGAACACCGUGGCCAUUCCCGCUGCCUACAUGCAAGCGCCGCGGUACAGCAUCUUCUACCCGAGGUUUUAUCAGUUCGGGCUCAUGGGAUUCACGAUCGCUCAUGAACUCUUCCAUUCCUUGGACAAUAUCGGGAGGCAAUACGAUAUUGACGGCAACGUACGGCAAUGGUGGGAGAACUCGACCAUUGAGACCUUCGAAGAACGAUUGGAAUGCUUCGUCGAUCAGUAUUCGAACUACACCAUUGACGGAAUGCGGGUGAAGGGAAGCGACACCCUCGGGGAGAACCUCGCCGAUUUCGGCGGUGUAAAACUCGCUUUCCAAGCUUAUAAGUCGUGGUUGCGCUCAAGCUUCGACCUAUAUCCCUUAUCGACUACGCGUCUGAGCUUAGAGCAGUGGUUUUUCGUGAGUUUCGCGCAGGACUUCUGUCACAAGCUCGCGGAAGAAGAGCUCCGCGACUUGAUUUAUAAUGAUGAACACACACCGAAUGAAUUCAGAGUCAUUGGAUCACUCAGGAAUUUGCCGGAAUUCAGCGAAACCUUCUCUUGUCCGGAGGAUUCGGCAAUGAACCCGCCGGAUAAAUGCGAGCUCUGGUAGCGCUCGAAGGAGCUAACCGGAAGAUGGAUGAGUGCCUGACCGACCCUCUAACUCAAGAAAUCAAAUUCCCACCGUCCGGAACCUAAACGGUUACUUUGUGAGAUAUUACGUUAUGAGCUGGCUGCGCGGUCAGCUCGAGAACAGGACCGAGUAUGGAUGCCUGUUCAUAGGUUCGAGCGGAGGCGCGCCGUAGAGAGAGCGAAUGCAAGAAUGCAGGGAGUUACAGCCGAAGCUGACUUCGGACGGAAUAUUCUUUUUGUGAUGUAUAUAUUAGAGUCUGACGGCCUAGACCGUAUGUCAGUAGUUUCCGGGACCCACGAGGAUUCCUGACAGGAUUCCCAUCUACGUCGUGCGGUCGAUCCUUCCCAUUAGAUCA